AUGAGAUCCCUCCCGCUUUGGGAGGGGAGGGGCAGGCUAGGCGGGUGGGGCGGCUGGGGCCUGAGUCGGGGACUGCCGGCUGGAGCUGGGACCCCAGUGGAGAUCUUUCUGCCCAGACAGCCCGGACCAUGUGACACUGACCAGGAAUCAGCCCUGAUGGAGGCUGAAGAGCCUCCUCAUAGAGCAUCCACUCCAACUACUACUCUGGAGAAUCUCCAUGUCUUUCCAACAUCCCUUAUGAAGAAUAGCUGUAAGCCUGGUUUGAAUCCUGAAGCAAAAGAAAAAGAUAAUCCUGCCUGGGAGUGGACUGAGGAUGAUGAUGAUGUCUUUGGGGCUCAACAGAGAGAUCUGAGUAGUCUGAACACAACUGAAGAGGCACCACCCAUUCUUUCCCAGGAAGAUUCUCUAGCUUUGGAUCCUGACAGUGGAGAUGUGACUGCAGAGUCAAGAGUUUGGAGACCUUCAGAGCUAGCAUCCCAGGGCCUAAAAGAAGUACACACACCUUUCCUUCCCACAGAGAGCUCUGUCUGCCCCACCCUGGUUGAUAGCCUGGGCAUUGGCUACAUUCCUGAUGAAAUAAGUAGCAAUUUUGGAGUGGAAUAUUGGUCAGAAUUCCUGAACUCUCUGAUGGAAACAGAGAGGUCAGAAGCCAGUAACACACUGGAGAAAGGAAUCUUCCUUCCCUCCUCUACUCAGGCUAGGUCUUAUUCUCCCCCUGAAGAACCCAGUAGCCUGCUCUGUCAUGAUGGAAGUAGAACUGCCCAGCAAGAAGGGAAUGCCCAGGAUCAAGAAAGGAAGGGAAAUGGAGGGCAUCAGAGACAAGAGAAGGCCACAGAUACAGGGAAAUGGUGGAAGCAUAAAGAGUGGGAAAUAGUACCAAAAAAAUGGAAUGAUGCACUCUCAGAAAAGCAAGAACUGGAUGUGGUAACAUAUAUUCAUGGACAAGUGGGAGAACAAGGACAAAAAGAUAAAGGACAGUUUGAUUUGGUUUUGGGAAAGCAAAGAGAAGGAGAGGCAUUUAAUAGGGAUGGGAAAGAUCAGAAUCACAGGGAAGGGUACCAAGGAGAAAAUAAUGUAGAAAAGCAGGGUCGUGGGAAAGUAGAAGAGGAGCAAAAUCAAGAAAAUGAGUUUUUAGAGGAGCAGGGAAAAGUGGAUCAUUAUGAUAAGGAUCAAUUAUUAGAUGAGAAACAGAAGAUAGUGAAUGUGAGCAAGGAAAACCAGGGAGCUAUCGAGGAACAGUCAAAGCUAGAGGAGGAAGCUAAGAAAGAACAGGGGAAUGUGACCGAAGAAACAUUAGAGACAGAAGAAAUAAUGACUAGUGAGAAUGACAAGGUUCAGAAACAUUAUGGUUCCUUCCCAUUGAUCCCAGUUGUGCCAGGUGCCGAUGUUUCAUGGAAUUCUUCCCCAGAAGACCCUGUUUCCACUGUCACAAGAUCUAACACACAGGAAGGGAUAAAAACUGAGUCAUCUAGAGUUGAACUCUCCUGCCCAGACUCUGCUUCAAGACCUAGACAGGGGGCAUCAAGAUCUUACCAGCCCAUCCCUCCUCACAGUCUGUCUGGGAAAUAUUCGGAAAAAGAAGGAGAGGAAAAUGGCUGGGAGGAAGAGUGUGGCCUGGGAGAUGGAGCAAUGCUUAACUUGGGGAAGAAACCAAUCCCUCCUAAGCCAAUUGCUAUAAUUCCUAGGAAAGAUACCUCAGCUCCUUUCAGUUCUACCAAGGAGGAUCCCAACACAACCACUUCUUCAUCUUCCUGCCCCCCAACCUUUCCUAUAGGAGAUUCUUCACUCCCGUCUUAUCUAUCAGAGUUCCCUAGAUGCUUUUCCUUUGAUAAAGAAUUCCCUUUUGACCACUGGGGCCCUGAUGCUCCCUCGAACAUUCUCCCUGUACCCUCUUCUGGAGAGACUCCCUUAGCACCACAUGGCAGCUCUGACUGGACCAGUGCCCUAAACAUCCAAGACUUCUCUGAGGAAACUGUCCAGUACUAUGGGAAUAACUCUGCUCCAAGUUCUUAUGGGGAAGGGCAAUCUUACUAUCUGGCCCAGAAUCCAGCCUCCUUUCAACACUCAGAAUUGGCUCAGAGGGUCCCUGAGCCUGCCAUUCACAGUGUUGAUAUACCAGGAAGAGAGGGGCAGGCUAGACUAGAGCCAUCUUCUGACCCUUCCUCCUUGAACCAACCUCAGGAAUUCAGCUCAAAUUUAGAGAGGCCUGGUGCCACCCAUAGCAAAACUUGGUGUCCACCAAAAAAGGAGGCCUCCAUCUCAGAAGAACUUAUCCAUGGUUCUCCUCCCUCCUCAUCCAUGGUAGAAAUGGGACUACAUGAACAACUCCCCCCUCUGCCACUAAGGGAGCGUCACAGUCAUCCUUCUCUAGUGGUACGACCUAGCAUUCAUCUUGCCAAGCCUCCUACCCCUAAACGGUAUAGCCACCCUCCCAUCUUGGCCCGAGUUUCACCAAUGCCUGGCUCCCCUGAAGGACCUUCUAUCCCUGUUAAGGCAAGACAUAACCGACCUCUGCCUUCUACUCCAGUCACAGACAUUCCCCACCAUAUUCAGACUCCUAGGCUGAGGUACAAUAAGCCCCUACCUCCCACCCCAAUCAUGGUCCAGCCCUACUAUCCUCCCACAUCUACCACCCUAAGUAAAAAAAACAAACCACUUCCCCCUGUUCCCAUUUUGGAACCUGACCCCAAGCCACCUCCACUGCCCCCAAAGGCUAAAUGGAGAAACAACAGUAUUAAAGGGACAACUGGGAGUAUAGGAGAUCAAUUGAGGUCAAAACCUGGAGGAAACCGGGAAGUCCCUUCUCCUCUCUCUGCUGGACGUACCUCCUGGCCUCCAGCUGUGGACAGACCAACGGAUUCCUUGACUUCUCCUGGCAGGAAUACAAGAGAGACAUCUUCUCUAGCUUUCAGCAAUAUGACCAACUUCCUUCUGCUGAGUCCUUCUUCCCCUGCCUCUUCCAUGGCCCAGGACCCACAGCAUCCCAUCCUAGGAGGAGUCCAGGAUGAACACGGACAAUCAGAAGAGAGUAAAACUCUCCCUAAGAAGACUUUGAGCAAAGGAAUUCUACAAGGGGAAGGCAGUGGCUCCCGGAGGUCAGAUCGAGGCCUGGCACGGCAGUCAGAGAAACCCAGCCAUCCACCUUUGGAAAAAGCAUCCAGCUGGCCACACAGGAAAGAUCCAGGGAAAUUCUUGGAAGGGAGUGGUGGGCACUCAGAGAGUCCUGCUGAGGGGCAGAACAAGACCAAAGGAUGGAACCGACAAGGUCUACGCAGACCAUCUAUCUUUCCUGGGGAAGUCCUAGAUGGCGAAGCCUCCCCCAUGGACAGACCUCCCUGUCCUUCGGACACAAUUGUUCUUCAAGAGAAGAAGUCAAGGGAAGGGAUGGGUAGUGUUGCCAGGCGCUGCUCCAAGUUCAUCAAUUCCUCCCACCUACUUUACCAGGAAUAUAGUGAUGUGGCCCUAAAUAAGGAGAUCCAAAGCCAGCAGAGGCUGGAUAGCCUAAUCGAAGUGUCCAGUCCUGCUUCCCCCCAACAGCCUCGAAAGUCUCCAGUCAUCACAGACUCUUAUCUGCAGCGCCUCUCUAUUGCCUCAAGUGCCUCUUUAUGGCAGGAUAUCCCUCGAGUACGCAAUAGCACCAUGCUACUCUCUAUGACUCAUGAGAACCAAAAACUGCAAGAGGCCAAAUUUGAACUUAUCAUGUCAGAAGCUUCCUACCUGAGAAGUCUUCAUGUGGCUGUAGACCAUUUCCAGCUUUCACCACAGCUCCGGGCUACACUGUCCAACCAGGAACACCAGUGGCUAUUCUCUCGUUUACAAGAUGUGCGGGAUGUCAGCACCACGUUUCUCUCGGACCUAGAAGAGAACUUCGAGCACGACAUCUUUACCUUCCAUGUUUGUGAUGUGGUCCUGACCCAUGCACCUGCCUUCCGACGUGUCUACCUACCUUACGUUACCAACCAGACUUACCAGGAGCGCACUUUCCAAAGUCUGCUGAACAGCAACAACAAUUUCCGGGAGGUCCUGGAAAAGCUUGAGAGUGACCCUAUCUGCCAGCGCCUUUCCUUAAAGUCCUUUCUGAUACUGCCCUUCCAGCGUAUCACCCGUCUCAAACUGUUGCUCCAGAAUAUUCUUAAGAGGACACAACCUGACUCCCCAGAAGAAGCAGAGGCCACAGAAGCACAUCAUGUCUUAGAAGAGCUUAUCCGAGACUGCAAUAAUAAUGUCCAACGAAUGCGACGGACAGAAGAACUGAUCUACCUAAGUCAGAAGAUUGAGUUUGAAUGCAGAUUUUUUCCACUGAUCUCACAGUCACGAUGGUUGGUGAAGAGUGGAGAGCUAACAGCCCUUGAGUCCAGUGUGUUACCUGGACUUCGAAGGAAACUGGCUACUCGACCUGUCCACUUGCAUCUCUUCAAUGACUUCCUGCUGUUGUCCCGGCCUCGAGAGGGCAACCGCUUCUUGGUAUUUGACCAUUCCCCUUUUUCAUCUAUACGGGGUGAGAAGUGUGAAAUGAAGCUGCAUGGGCCACACAAGAACCUCUUCCGCCUCUUUUUCCUGAACAAGGCAACUGACAUCAGGGCUGAAUACCUCUUUCGCACAGAGACUCAGAGUGAAAAGCUUCGAUGGAUCUCAGCUUUGACUCUACCAAGAGAGGAAUUAGACCUCUUAGAGUGUCAGGACUCCCCACAAGUUCAGUGUCUCCGUUCCUAUAAACCUCGAGAGAAUGAUGAGUUGGCACUGGAGAAAGCAGAUGUGGUGAUGGUGACUCAGCAAAGCAGUGAUGGUUGGCUGGAAGGUGUAAGGUUGUCAGAUGGGGAGAGGGGCUGGUUCCCUUUGUCACACGUGGAGUUUAUCAACAACUCUGAUGUUCGAAAGCGGAACCUAUCAGAAGCACUUAGAGUCAAGACUGCCAAAUUACAGCUGGCUGGACGCCAAAGAUAACUGCUACUCAGGGGCAUUCCUUUGGGCACAUGGACGUGAUACUUCUGCAGAAGGGAGCUGUCAUCUGGAGCUCUGUAACAGAACCUCUCUCAUAGUCUGAAAACAAAAAACAUCAAGAAUGGAUAUAAGCUUCAGAUCUUCCACUCAUUGCCCACUGGUGUGUGUGGCACACGCGCACACACACACACA